UACCGAGUGUUUCUGGGUUUGUUAACUUUCGUCAAUUCGGCUUGGAUCCUCAUUCCCCUUCAUUUUGAUUUUCGGCUUACUAAAAAAUCCCCCCUCUCUUUUAUUUCCGCUAUAUUGCCCCAUAUUUUCAGUUCACCACGGAUUCUCAUUUUUAACUCUUGUCUUCUUAUGUAGGUUUGUAAAGGCUUGGUAAAUUUUUUGGAUUUUUUAUUUUUGUUUACUUAUAAUGCGGUUAGCUGCGUAUAAAAAAGCGGAUGGAACAAAAAUUGAUGGGCGUCGUGUUGUUGUAGAUUAUGAGCGUGGGCGUACAAAGAAAGGUUGGCUUCCUCGGCGUUUAGGUGGCGGUAAAGGUGAAACUCGACGAAAACGGGAGUCUAAAGCAGCGUUGGCGGCAAAAGAAUGGGAAGAAAGGAAGGACUGA